CGACUGCUGGGGUGAUUCGAUUGGGAAGGACUUCUCCGGUUGGUUGGCGACUGCACGAUUCCAGAACAAAGGCCAUUGAACAACAACCAAGACACCCUGCAGCGAAAGCCUUGCGUUGUGUUGCGUUGCGUUUGCCAUGGGAUUCUCUUUCCUCCAUCGCCGCGUGCACACGGCGAACUCGGCGUGUGGCGAUCSUUCGCCCUUUCCAAACGCAGCGCUCCGUGCCGCAUUGCGGGUGCUGGCCGUGCUAGGGGUCCUCGCAUCCGCAACCGAUGUUCCGACCGCCGGGCGCUUUGGAAGGGUCCUUCUUCCCCUUCUCGCCGCGCCGGUGGCGGUUCUGGCCUUUCCGGUGCCCCGGGCGGUGGCCUUUCGUUCGCGGACCAUGCGUGCGAGYGGACCGGGGGUUUCCCUGCGCCUUUUGGAGGCUUCGCCGGAGACCGAGGCGCUGUACGAGGAGCUCCACCGCGAGAUCGAGGCCGUCGCCCGCGGGCUGUGGGGGGGGAGGGAGAUCCCCUGCCUCGCGCCGCUUCCUCACCCGGGCGGGGAGGGCCUUCCGCCCGGGUCGUGCUCGGACCUCUGGAUCGAGGGCGAGGCCGAGCUCCCMRGGGGGCUCUCCUUCUCGGAGCGGGGACCCUGCUUCCGGGAGAUGGCCCUGGGGGGAUGCCCCUCGGCCCAGCACUCGUAYGGACUGCUGCUGUGGAGCGGCUUUGCGGARCCMCUCGUGCCGAGGGACCCGGAAGCCUCCGCCCUCUUCCACGCCGCCGCGGCCCGCCAGCACCACCUCGACGCGAUCGCCGUCCUCGGGGGCUGCCUCCGCACCGGGACCGGGAUCCCCCAGAGAACCAAGAAACAAACGAAACAGCAAAGAAAGGCCCACCGGAAGCAACAAGAGGCCCUCGGCCUGCGCCUCAUCCGGUUUUCCGCGGAAGCGGGCAACCCCUCCGGGACCAACAAGCGGGCCGCCCUGCUGGAGGCCGCYGGCGACGAGAGGGGGGCGGUGGACCUCUGCGAGGCGUGUCUGGCCAGCGGCAGGGCCAGCGCCCUCCUCCUAUUCAACCUGGGCUGGUCCUGCCGCCACGGCAUCGGGGUGGACCGGAAGGACCCUUCCAGGGGCGUCGCCCUGUGGAAGGAGGCCGCUUCCAUGGCCCCCGAYGAGGGCAGCGAGGAGGCGGCCUGGCACCUGUGCUCGGAGUUCGCCCGGGAGGACCCGGCCGAGGCCGAAAAGUGGCGACGCCUUUCGGACGAGCUGGGCUUUCGCGAGUAGCAACAGCAAGCACAGUACAGUAGUAACGAACCGCAAGGAACCUUCUGGCGGCCGUCCGUCCAGUGGUGGCCUCGGGAUAGAACACGUUGUUCUUUUGCAACCACGGAUUGCACUUUGUGGAAUGU